CGUAUGCUGCUCAGUAAGAAAACAGAGAAACAAUCAUGGCGGACAGUGAAGCCGCUGCUCUGGUGUAUUUGGCCAUCAGCAACAUCCCUGUCGCUUUCCACUCCGCGGACCUCAGAAACUACUUCAGUCAGUUCAUAGAAAGUGGCGGUUUUCAGUGUUUUCACUACCGACAUCGACCGGAGGUCCUCAGGGAGACCGAGGGGUCUGAAAGCACCGUGAGUGGAGCCGGUACCGGUGACGGUGAAGAGGAGGAAGAGGGCAGCUCUGAGGCUCCGGACACCGACCAGGUUACAGAGAAGAAGCAGAAGAAGAAGCAGCCGGUGAAGACGUGCUGUUGUAUCGCCUCACUUCACGCUAAAGAUGCCGACAGGUUGAUCAAGAUGUAUGCGGGGAACCACUGGAUCGAGUCGAAGGGGAGCUGGCUGGCUAGACGGUGUGUUAUUAAAAGAGUCAAAGUUUCACACGACAAAGAUGAGGGGUCAUUCCCCUACAAAUCAAAGUACGAGCAGCGCCACCGGGCGUCCUUAACAGAGCGUUUCACAGAGGCUGACCUCAAAAGUUUAUCCGAGCUGAAUCCACCAGCUCUGAUGCAGAAUGGGAAUGUGGGCACGCCGGUGAAAGUGUUCCUGCAGCUCAUCCAGUCCUGCCGACUGCCUCCACGCCUCAUCCGGAAGUUGGGCCUCGUUUUCCCCAAGACCGGCUCCAACCGCCGUUACGGCAAUGUACCUUUCCAUUACUGGGACAGUUGGACACUUCCAGCCACGGAGGAGACUGUAUUAACUGCUGAUGGACAUGAAAUAUCAGGACCAGGCUCUUUGGCUGCUCCACGUUCAGGACAGAGGCAGCCAGCUGAUCACACAGAAACAACAGAGACUGAUGAGCCACAGAAAGAAGAGGAGGAGGAUGAACAGUCAAAUGCAGAUGAUGAUGACGACUGGUGUGAGGAGUGGGAGCGACAUGAAGCGUUGCAUGAGGAUGUAACGAGCCAGGAGCGAUGCAAAGAGAGGCUGUUUGAAGAGGAGAUCGAGUUGAAGUGGGAGAAGGGCGGCUCGGGCCUGGUGUUCUACACUGACGCACAAUACUGGCAGGAGGAAGAAGGAGAUUUUGAUGAACAAACGACAGACGACUGGGAUGUUGACAUGAGUGUUUACUACGAUAAAGAUGGAGGUGACAUGGAUGCCCGUGACUACGUUCGAAUGCGGUAUGAAAAAAGGCUGAGGGAGGGUCUUGAAGAUAGAUCUGGACACAGUCAGUCUAUUGGCAGCUUUGAGAGGUUCACUAAGGGCUUUGGCCGUCGUUUGAUGGAAAAGCAGGGCUGGAAGGAUGGUGACGGGUUGGGAAACAGUCAGAUUGGGAUUCCUGACGCCCUUGAGAGUGACGGCCAACAUCCCAAUUGUAAAAGAGGCUUUGGGUAUCAUGGAGAGAAAUUGCUCUUACACCCUUUCAAAAAGGCCAGGACAGAGUUUCAUAUAUCUACAGUCUAUGACAAACCCAAAGACAUCGAUGGAGGCGACACCUUGCUGAGACGACAACCUAACACUAGUAUGAAGUACAGAGGCUGGCAGCCAGGUGGCACCAUUGGACCACGACGAUGACUUGAAUUAAAUUAUUACUAUUUCAUAGAUUUUUUUACUCACAUAUUUGUCUGUUAUUAAAACAUUUUUUCAAAGCUU